GUUGAGCGUAUUGGGCUUCCCACACGUGUAAUAAAGUAUUAUAGAUAUUAACAAUUGUAAAAAUUUCAAACACAAUAUGUAAAUAGGAUAUGCUGUGGAAUGAGUAUCAGUUGAUAGAAGGAGUGGGAAAUGAAGUCUUUUUAGCAACUGCGGGUUUUGUUCUCGUUAUCACAUUUAUAAUAGGAGUAGGCCUAACUCACUGGAGAUGGCAACAAUAUCAUCCUAUAACAAUUCAUCAACAGAGUCAAGAUACUGUGGAUACAACAAGACGUCACUUAGUACAUUUUAGCAAUCGAUUAGUUAGUGAUGCCUCAGUUCCUGGUGUAGAAAACAUGGCAAAUCCUCAACACUUUGGUGCUGAUAAUCAGUGUCCUAUUUGCUUAAACGAACCACGAUUCCCAAUAGAAACAAACUGUGGUCAUUUAUUUUGUGGUAAUUUAUAAAAUGUUUUAAUUUUAUUAAGUAAUGAAUACAAUAAAACACAUACUGAAAAUAUCAUAUUUACUCGCAUAUAAGACGAAGUUUUUAUUAAUUUUUCAUUGCUUCAAAAAUCUAGGUCAUCCUAUACGCGUGAGUGAAAAAGUCUUUGUGUUUUGGCAAUAAUCUUUGUGAAUUAUGUAUUUGCAUUUUUUAC